ACACAUCAAACCCCCCGCAUCAUCGUAUAUUCCUCUCGCCACCACGCGGCAGAGCCCAACCCAGAAACAGAGAACUAGAGAAGUCCGUUGAGGCGUCAGGCGUGAACACCAGGAGGAAGAAGAAGAAGCAAACCAGCCAAGAAACCGACUCCCUAAUCGGGGGUCCCUCAACUCGGUCCCUUGUCCUUGUCCAGUUGUCCCCUCCCCUCUCGCCGGUGCUGCUCUUGCCUACUCCGAUGGCUGAUGCUGCCGCCGCCGCCGCCCCCACGAAGACAGCGAACAUCCCGACGACGAUGCGGGCCGUGCAGUACGACGCCUAUGGCGGGGGCGCCACGGGUCUCAAGCAUGUGGAAGUUCCUGUCCCUAUGGCCAAAAAGAAUGAGCUUCUAUUGAAACUGGAAGCAGCAAGCAUCAAUCCAGUGGACUGGAAGAUACAGAAAGGGUUGUUGCAGCCUUUUCUGCCUCGUAAAUUUCCUUUUAUCCCAGUGACUGAUGUGGCAGGAGUUGUGGCUGAUGUUGGUCCAGGAAUCAAUGGAUUCCAAGCCGGAGAUCAAGUUGUUGCUAUGCUCAACUCACUUAAUGGAGGUGGACUUGCUGAGUAUGCUGUGGCAUCAGAAAAUCUGACCGUCAAGAGGCCUCCCGAGGUAUCUGCUGCUGAAGGCGCUGGGCUGCCCAUUGCCGCUGGUACUGCGCUCCAGGUGCUUAGGACCAUCGGCGCCAAGUUCGAUGGUACUGGCCAGCCCUUAAACGUUCUGAUCACCGCAGCAUCAGGUGGUGUGGGUCUCUAUGCCGUGCAGCUCGCAAAACUGGCUGGUCUCCACAUCACUGCCACCUGUGGCGCACGUAACGUAGAGCUGGUGAAGAGCUUGGGCGCGGAUGAGGUGCUUGACUACAGGACGCCAGAGGGUGCCAUCCUGCAGAGCCCCUCAGGUAAGAAGUACGAUGGCGUCGUCCACUGCACUGUCGGGAUCAGCUGGUCAACGUUCGAGCCUGUGCUGGCCACCAACGGGAGGGUGAUCGACAUCACUCCAAACUUCACUGUGUUCCUCAAAUCGGCGCUGCACAAGGUGACCUUCGCCAAGAAGCGGCUGGUGCCGCUGCUCCUGUCGCCCAACAAGGCAGACCUAGAGUUCCUGGUCGGGCUGCUGAAGGACGGCAACCUCAAGACGCUGAUUGACUCGAGGUUCCCGCUGAGCGAGGUGAGCAAGGCGUGGGAGAAGAGCAUCGAGGGCCAUGCUACUGGAAAGAUCAUUGUCGAGAUGGUAGGCUAAUCUAUGCGUCCAUUACCUACAUAGACUUCCAGGGAGAAUAUACUUAAGCAUGAUCUAGGCAGUUGGACACUACAGGGUUAAGGUCAACAGAUAUGGAGUACUAGUGUCUGAGUUUGGUCGUCGUACAAAUUAAAUUAUUCGUGAGAGUUUGGUCGUCGUACAAAUUAAAUUAUUCGUAAGUGGUGAACCAGUUUACAGGCUUGUUUUUCUUU